AUGCUUAGGGGAAGAGUACCACAUUUAUUUCACUGUGCAUUUUUUUUAUCAUUUAUAUAUUUUUCUUUUGUGGUGGCUGGUGCCAUAAAUCUUGAUAAUAAAGAAAAACCUUAUAUAGAUCCAUGGGAAACAUAUACAGUGUUUGGAGCUCUUGUGCUAUAUUUUCUAAGACUCCUCACUCUAUUAACUAUCCCCCAAGUUCUUUGUAACUUUUGUGGGUUAUUGUUUUUUAAUGCAUUCCCUGGUAAAGUGAAAUUGAAAGGAUCUCCAUUACUUGCUCCAUUUAUAUGUAUUAGAGUAGUAACUAGAGGGGAUUUCCCUAAAUUAGUUAGAGAUAAUGUCACAAGGAACAUGAAUAUGUGCUUGGAUGUUGGAAUGGAAAACUUUAUGAUUGAAGUUGUGACGGAUAAAGCUAUAAACCUGCCGAAGCAUAGACGAGUGAGAGAAGUUGUGGUACCAGCCGAGUAUAAAACAAAAACUGGUGCACUCUUCAAGUCGAGAGCCCUGCAGUAUUGCUUAGAGGAUAACGUCAAUAUAUUAGCAGAUAAUGAUUGGAUUGUACAUCUAGACGAGGAAACAUUACUUACAGAGAAUUCAGUGCGUGGGAUAUUAAAUUUUGUAUUGGAUGGACAAUGUCAAUUUGGUCAAGGCCUUAUCACUUAUGCUAAUGAAAUUAUUGUAAACUGGCUGACAACAUUGGCUGAUAGUUUUCGUGUUGCCGAUGAUAUGGGGAAACUGAGAUUUCAAUUUUACAUGUUCCAUAAGCCGCUCUUUAGCUGGAAAGGAUCAUAUGUUGUUACUCAAGUCGGUGCAGAAAAAAAGGUGUCAUUUGACAAUGGUCUCGAUGGUUCUGUGGCUGAAGACUGCUACUUUGCCAUGAAAGCAUAUAGAGAUGGUUAUUCAUUCAACUUUAUUGAAGGGGAAAUGUGGGAAAAGUCGCCAUUUACGCUAUGGGAUUUCAUGCAGCAAAGAAAAAGAUGGAUUCAAGGUAUACUUUUGGUUGUCCAUUCCAAGGAAAUACCUCUUCAAUAUAAAAUGUUUCUAGCAAUUUCAUGUUACUCAUGGGCAACACUGCCAUUAUCGACUAGUAAUAUAUUAUUAAAUGCUUUUUGUCCGAUACCAUGCCCCCAUUUCUUAGAUUUAAUAUGUUGUUUUGUGGGUGCCGUCAACAUAUAUAUGUAUAUAUUUGGUGUCAUUAAAUCAUUUCCUAUACAUAGAUUUGGCACAUUGAAGUUCUUUUUAUUUGUUGGUAGUGCAUUGACGAUUAUACCAAUAAAUGUUGUUAUCGAGAACAUAGCUGUUGUAUGGGGUCUUGUAGGGAAGAAACAUAAAUUUUAUAUUGUUAAUAAAGAGGUUAAGGUACCUGUUACUGUAUAA